CAGCGUCGCCCAGCCGAGCCGGGAGAAGGGGAAUGGGCGGUCCCGGCCCUUAGCCCCAGGCUGCGGCGGCGGCUGCUGCUCCUCCUCCUCCCGGGUCCCAGCGUCUCGGUGGCCUCCGCCCGAUGCUGGCGGAGCUGGCUGGGGUCUCGGCGGCGUUGUGAGCGCUCCUGCCGUCCCGCAGCCGCCAUGUCCGGCGUGGUGCGCACCCUGAGCCGCUGCCUGCUGCCGGCCGAGGCCACGGGCCGCGCCGGGGAGCAGCCGCGGCGGGAGGGCAAGGAGAGGAGCCGCGAUGCGGAGCGGGAGGCGCGGCGGCGGAGCCGGGAGAUCGACGCGAUGCUGGCCCGGGAGAGGCGGGCCGUGCGUCGGCUGGUCAAGAUCCUGUUGCUGGGCGCCGGCGAGAGCGGCAAGUCCACCUUCCUCAAGCAGAUGCGGAUCAUCCACGGCCGCGAGUUCGACCAGAAGGCGCUGCUGGAGUUCCGGGCCACCAUCUACGAGAACAUCCUCAAGGGCUGCAGGGUUCUGGUUGAUGCACGGGACAAACUGGGGAUCCCUUGGCAGUACACCGAGAAUGAGAAGCACGGAAUGUUUUUGAUGGCUUUUGAAAACAAAGCUGGAAUGCCCAUAGAGCCUGCCACCUUCCAGCUGUAUGUACCUGCACUGGGCGCGCUGUGGAGGGAUUCGGGAAUCAAGGAAGCCUUCAGCCGUCGGAGCGAGUACCAGCUGGGUGAAUCGGUGAAAUACUUCCUGGAUAACCUGGAUCGGAUCGGUCAGCUGAAUUAUUUCCCCAGCAAACAAGAUAUUUUGCUGGCUAGAAAAGCCACCAAGGGGAUAGUAGAGCAUGAUUUCAUCAUUAAAAAAAUACCUUUCAAGAUGGUGGAUGUAGGUGGACAGAGAUCUCAGCGUCAAAAGUGGUUCCAGUGCUUUGAUGGAAUAACUUCAAUUUUGUUUAUGGUCUCCUCCAGUGAAUACGAUCAGGUUCUCAUGGAAGACAGGCGCACAAAUAGACUUGUGGAGUCCAUGAAUAUCUUUGAGACAAUAGUCAAUAACAAGCUUUUCUUUAAUGUUUCUAUUAUCCUAUUCCUCAACAAGAUGGAUCUUCUUGUAGAGAAGGUAAAGACUGUCAGCAUUAAGAAGUAUUUCUCGGACUUCAAAGGCGACCCUCACAGGCUAGAAGAUGUUCAACGUUAUCUGGUGCAGUGCUUUGACAGAAAGAGGAGAAACCGUAGUAAGCCGCUCUUCCACCACUUCACCACUGCCAUAGACACUGAAAACAUCCGCUUUGUGUUUCAUGCCGUGAAGGACACGAUCCUUCAAGAGAAUCUGAAGGAUAUUAUGUUGCAGUGAAGGAGAGCAGCCGAUGUUCUGUUAAAAUUUGCUGGAGGGUUAGAUCAAAGUUUUUAUCCUUUCUUUAUGGCCCUUGCAUGUGGUGUAGGACCCGUGCUAAUUACUUGGCUCAGGAAUGCUGUGAACUAGCCAGUCCAAACAGAGGAGCUAUAGGCCGAAGGAGUCAAAUGUUAAUGUUAGCUACUGAAUCAUUUGGACUAGAAACACUACUGAAACAUGGCCGUUAUAGGUUCUGUACCUAGUUUGGAACGCUGAAUAACACAACCACCUUCUGCCUUCUUAGAAAAAAGAAAUCUCUGACAAACCAUGUGUGGAAGACACGUUGUUUUAAAUGAAUAUGCUCAUUUUUCAGAGACGCUAGUAGUACAAACUGCCUUUUUUUUUUUUUUUUUUUUUUUUGUAGUUUGGAGGUGCUGAAUCGAUCAAACUAAUCUAAACGUAAUGAGAUUGGCAGCUGUAUUGGAGAACAUUAAUGGAAGUUCCAUUCUUAACCCUUAGGAAUAUAACCAGAUCUUGUGUGCGUGUUCAGCUUUGCCAAGGGUCUGGAAUCCACUUACCAAGGUGGAUGCACAGCUCUUGUCUGAAGGUUUUGCAUGAGUCUCCUGAGGCAAAAGUCUAAAACUGUAUAAGGAAACCCAUGUUGGAGUAAAUUGGAUGGGAAGUUAAGGCCUCACCGAUAUAGAGAAGGGUUUAUUUUGCACUAUGUGUGAAGGGUAUCACAUCAUGGGAAAACUGAUUUCCUUGGUGAAGCAGCCUGUGCUAGAGCACCUGACCAUGUAUUUGCACAGUGGGUGCUCGAGUGAGAUGUACUUCAUGGAAAUUCAGCACUGUUCUCACAUUCACAGUUGGCAGUAUUUGUGAAGGUUCAGUAUCUCACGUGACAGGUCUUUAUCUAUAUUCAAAAGGUUUGAAAGCUGAUUAAACUCUUAAGCAAAGGUUUUGGUAGUACAGCAGCUGCUUGAUUAGUUUCCAACAGCUGACGUUAUAGGAAGACUGAACACCCUAGAGAUCCCAGUUUUACAGCUGCACUGAUGUAUUUGGACAGCAAGACCUUGCUGUAAAAUUAGCCUUUAAUCUGUGUCUUAAUGGGAUCUUUAGCCUAUAGUAAUGCACAUGUAAUUCUGAGUACAGUCAAGUUUGGAGUUGCCCGUUUUGGGCAAUGGUUAGUGUGUAAAAUUGCAAGAGGCUAUGAAUAACGUUGAUACGAACUGUUAAUUUCCUAGCUCUCUCAAUCUGUGUAACUAACUGUCAGGUGCCUUUUUUGUGUACAGACAUAUCGGAUCUUUUCUACUGCAGUGGGGUACAUGGACAAAUGGAAGAUCUGCCUUUUAUAUCAACAUUGUAGUGCUAUCCUUUAAGUAAUUUUUCAAACAUAGUUUACUGUGCAAUUUUUGUCAUAGUUUUUAUCCAAGAAUAAAACCUGAAGGGCUGUUUGCACCCGUAAAAAGUCAGCAGAUUCCCUGGAGUUCUUAUCCCCUUUGAGCCUGCAAUGGCAUGUCAAAACAAGCAACGUUUUACUUCAGCUGGUAAUCCCAUGGGAAAUGUGGUCAAAAAAAGUCCUGUUCUGUUGUCCUUUCAUGUUAAUUUGGAUAAAAUCUGGAAUCUUUCCUCCCCUCUGAAGCUUGCAGAUGUUCAUAUCAGUAUUUUUGUGUAGUUCCCUAAUGUAGCAGUCUCUUGGCUUUCUUUGUGCAAGCUUCAGGGUGGGAAAGAUGUAGCUAUUUCAGUGCUAUGUAAUGCGCACAGUAUUGAGGUAUGAAGCAACUGAAAAGUUGCAGAUGGGAAAAUCUAACUUAAAUUUGAGCAAACUUAAACAGGAAUUAGCUUCCUUGUAACAAGUCUUAUUUAUGCCAGGACCAACUCUGUCUUUUAAAUAUUUAUUCAUUUUUAACCUUGAAGGGGAAAAAUGUUACAUGACUCUAAUAUUCAGAUGGGGGGAAACUCUUAAGAUUAUUACAUUUGAAAAGGUAAAUGUUUCAACACAGAGUGAUGCAAACGAAUUAACUAAUCAUAUAAGGUUCAUUUCUCUAAGCUAGCCCAUUUGUUUGGCUGAAGACUAAGACUGUUUUCAAAGCUUUCAGAUAUUCUUGGAGUUCUUGGUAGUGGUUUCCACUUCACACAAAGCACUGGGAAAGAGGCAGCAGUUGUGGGCUGACCUGACUUCUAGGUUGACUUGGCUUUAUUUCCUAGUUUGCUGUGAGCUUUAUUCUUUCACUAAAUCUUCUAGAUGGGUUAAUAUUAUGCUUGUUUUCUCAAAUGAGUUAAACAUUCCCUUUCAACUGUAUUUUUUCUCAAGAAUUACCUCAGGUUUAUGUCUGAAUCUACUGUAGUUUUACCUGGGAGGCAUAGCAUAGAAUUUCCUGUUAUGUUUUUCUCUUCAUGCUCAUCCAUGGUUUUGUAUCCUUAGUCACCUUACAGAUUUAAAACUCUGAACAGAGCUAAUAAUGCAACUUAUAUUUUAAGUAACUUAAUCUGCACCUGGAAAAGAAACAGCAUGAGAUAUCUCAUAUUGAGCUCUCAAGCAUUUUUUUUUAUAUAAUAGGGCAGUUUUGCACACUAAGUCAUAGUUUUAGGGAACCAGUUUGAUCACCUCAGGCCCAUUAUUGCCUUUCUUCUUUUUACUGAUAAAAUGGGCCUAAGCGUGAUGCUGUAGACUGCGGAUGAAAAUCAGUAGUUUGGCUCUGUAGGCUCUGUGUUCUGUUGAACUUUGAUAGUGAUGGUUCACACCAGGAAUCAAAGAUCAGGAAAAUCUUCUUGCAAAAGUCAAGCACUUCUCACGUUUGCAAAGGAUCUGGCCCAUGAGUAAAAAGAAUAUUUUUUUAAGUGGCAGCUUUCUCUGCAAAAUACACUCCACUUCUUGCCACAGCUGAGGGGUUUUGUAUUUGGUUUUUUUCCAAGGUAAGUUGUGGUAUAAUAAAGCCAGAAAAUCAUGUUAUGGUAAAUCAGUUAAUUACUAAAGCAGAACUUAGGUAGGUUAGAUCGUACAAACAUCUCAGGACAGGCUUGGUCAGUUGCUUAGUCCUUUCACAAGAAACAAAUGGAGAACUUUAUUUUAAGUGACAUCCUGGAGAACUUUGCACGUAAACACAGCUGGAGAGAACAUCUUUUUUUGUUAACUUUAUAGGCUUAUUGUUCAUUUGGCUAGUCAGGAAAUGGGUCACAGGCAGGAUGAUAAUCAGAUGGAGACCUUGAACAACUACUUUUAAAAAAAAAAAAAAAAAAAAAGGCAGCCUUUUGCUGUCCCUUCUCUGACACCCGCAGGUCAAUGACCAGUGACGGGGUGUUGCAAACGGGUUGUCUCUCACAAGGACAAAGAAAGGAAGUGCUUGCAGCAUGUGCUUGCAGGAGAGACCUACGUAAUCUUGCAGUUUAAGUAGAAAAACUAACUAAACAGGAGUCAUUUAUCAAACACUACUUUGUAUUGGUUGUUCUCCGAACAGGCUUUAAGCUAAUAUGGUGUGUCAGUCAGUACCAUUCCUUCAGACUGCAGUGCUGUCAUUCUCUGAACAAUUCUCAGAUGGCAUUACGAGGUGACAUGGUGAAUUGGAAUUAAAAAAGAAGAAUGGUUUUCUGUAAGUGACAUAUUUAAUAAGCAAUUGUCACUUUGAAGGAAUUAAAUAGUUCUUAAUGUUGAAAAUGAAUUAAUACUGAUUAUGGAAUGGAAAUUACUGGCCACUCAGCUUUACACUACAACUCAAAGAUGCUUCCAGUUUGAUACAAAGAAUUGAUCUUAUUUUAUUUAAUAUGGCAGCAUAGAUUAUUUGACUUACUAACUUGAUAAUAUAUUCAGUUUUUUAAAAUACUGCUGUGUAAAACUUAGAACUAGGCAAGCUCCUGAAGAUGACCAUUUACAGGCUUUCUGAGCCAACUAAAGCCUGAACCUCAGCCAAGCAGACAGAGUGGAGAAACUAACUGCAAAAAAACUGUAGUGAAAUGGAGUAGAAAGAGCUCAUCUGUAUGUUGCACUGCAGACAAAGAUAUAAUUCCACUAGGAUAGCUAAAGUAGGUUUUAGUAUGAAAAAUGGUGCAUUUGAGAAGUGUGUCCCAUCCUGUCCGUGUGUCGUCCCCCCAUCCCCAUCUCCCCAUCCUCCCCCGGGUAUUCACCAGUCCUGGCUGCAAAGAAUUGUAGAAUUAAAGAAAUUAAAAGAAUAGACACGGAACCACUGAAGAAACUAGCAGCUUUCUUUAGUGACAGACAACUACCUUCCACAGAAUAUCAUUUCAGAAAACAAGCCCUUCGCUGCCUUUAGCUGGCUGCCUUUGUGAAUAUUAACUUCAUGCUUUGGAGUCUUUUCUAUGUAUGUACCUCUUCAGUUCUCCUGGAAAAAAAGUCAUUCUGCUGCAUGGAACUACAGGACUUCAGUAGAAGGCCCCUCUGAUUUUCAAGUAUUAAGGUUUGACACUUGACUUAACUUUGCUUGUGUCAUCACAUUUUCAGGAGUACUUACUGGGUUGAUAGACAAUUUGAUGCAUGCCAGCUUGAGACACAAAUAUGCAGUAACACCUCCAUACAGUGCAGCUUGUCAUGUAACCCAAACACUGAUCUCUCAUGAUGAGAACUAUAUUGAUUCCUCUAGGUUUAGUAGUAGCCCCUUUUCUAUAUCAUUUUUCUAGUAUAAAAUCACAUGGUGUAGUCAGGGGUUUUAACCUAGCACUGCCAACUCUUUACCUCAGUACACUGUGUAUUAAUUCUGUAACACAAAGCGGUGGGUAGGGUGUUUCAGUGGCAACUAUAAAACAUCUGUGCCUACUUUUGUAAAUGAAUUUUUAACAGAUUUCUAGGAAGCAUAUCCAUUAUAGAUCAGGAAGGCUGGCGUGGUCUGGGCCAGACUUGGCCUGAAUUAAUAUUGACUCCACAUACUUCUAGAAGAGGACUGUCUAGCCUAGUGAGGAAGUAAUUGGCAAGACAACACAAGACCUAGUGCUUUUUAAUAUUACCUGUUUUGUAAUUAGCUGGGGUGAUCUCUGCUUUGUGCUGUGAAGUGGGCACUUCUUUGUUUUAACACUAAUCUUUUUUUACAUAGAUGGAAAUGAGUAUAGCCAGGAUAUUUGGAGCUGAAACUGCUCCUCUGCUAACCAGGUGAUGCUAUCUCUUUGCUCAUCUUGGUGGUUGGACAGUUUAGCUUGAUUCUUGAUGUUUUUGUCCUUCUAAUGGCAUUUGGAAAGCGGUGUUGAAGUUUGUCUAUGUGUCAAUAUGCUUGUUUUCUUAUUGGGUGGGGAGUAUGGAGGUACUAGAUUGUCAGUGCUAGUGGUUCUGUGCCUGGCUUGACGAACUGUAUCACAGCCUCGCUCUUGGCAUACGUCCGAAGGCCUUAUCUUCUGUCCAAUGUGAAAAUAUUCACAGUUGGAGAGAAAAAAAGAGCAGCACUGACUUCUGAGGUGGGCAUUCUGGUAAAAAAGCCAAAGUAUGUUGGAAGGGAGCAAGAGAGGGGAGCUAUUUUCUAAACAGAUCCCAAAAGCUGAUGGUGCUUGAAGACUGACUGUAUUGAAGUGAAAUGCCAUCUGCAUUGACCCCAAAAGCUUUGAGUGACUCCAGAGAGCUAUUGGCUGUGAAUUAGCAGCAGCAGGCUGGCUAGGCUGGCCCUGCUGCAGCUGCACACCCUUCCAUUGUAAACCUCUCUUCAUCUGUUCAUAACUGGGUGUGAAAACUCAAUUUCUACUAAAAUACAGUAUAUGGAUCUCUGGCCAGACAGGGCAUCUUACUCCUUUCUAACAGCUACUUAAACUUUCUUCAAGAUACCAGAGCGUGAGAAGUAUUCCAGGGGAAUGGCUAGGUAAGAGACUGUUUCCAUUAUUUGAAUAAAAAACUACAACUGAUGGAGAGCAAAAUUUUUUGAUAAGUAGGAUGUGAGAGAGCAUCUUACAAGGGAAGUAACAGAUUUUGAACAGCACUGCUUCUCUGCUAAUACUUCCCGUCAAUCUCUUGUGCUGAGCUUGUGUGCAGGUGGUUGGGCACAAAAGCUGAGAGAAGAUAGCAGGGAGAAGGGGAACGUGGAAGAGAAAUGAUCUUUUGGUAGCUCACGAGACUUGGAAAGCAUGGUUGGUGGACUUAGGUUUGAAAACGUGGGUUCAAACUCCCAUUUGCAUCGAAGCCAUUAUCUCUCUUUAGAAUAAUGAGUGUUCUUCCAGUGAACAGGUUUCGUUAUCUGGAAUGUGUAAUCAGCUUGAAUUGAUGAUGAAAGUAUUUCUGGAGACUCCACUUAACAAAAUGGCUAGUAUUUAUUGCUCUUGUGAUGAGUUGUCUUGUUUAUGGAAUCAAUAUGUGUGACAGCAAACUGACAAAACACAAAGUUAUCUCGUGACACAAUCAUGUAACUAGGAAGCCAAUUAAUGUUAUCUUUUAUUCUGCAAUUUACUUGCUCUCUGGUGCCUAUGCAUUGUAACACACAUACUAUGCAAUAUCAUUCUUUUUUUUAAAUCGGUUCACUGCAUUGGGCAAGAAAGGCCUGAGUUUAGCCUUAAUUUUCUAACAGUUCACAGGAAAGUACUUUAAAAACAGUGACAAACUAAAAGAAGGUAAAAAAUGCAUAAAGUAAAAGCACAGUUCCAGACUGCUCACAUAAGUGUCUUUCUAGCACCAAAACAGCAUCCAUGAUAGAAGCAGCUACUUGCUGUAAUAGUUUCAAUUUAUGAAAACUGUGUACUAGAUAAAAUUAUAUUGUGAUGUGUAAAAAGUGUAUUUUAUAGCUUUGGUGACUUAGUUUACUGUUUUGUAUAUAUGAAUUUUAUAAAUCUAUUAAAACUUGACUUGUUAUACUGUUCUUUAUGGGUUUUAUCUUUCAACAGAGUCUAGAGUGACAUUUUUUGCUUUAUUUGAAAAUUUCCUGCAAGAGAGAUGCUUUUUGAAUAAAUUACAGCAUGGACUGCAUGAAACUACAGCUGUCAUGCAAUGAAA